AUGGAAAUCCCAAGAUUUCACAUGCCAAAUCCAACCACAUGUCCAGAUUGUCAUGCCCGUUUGUUCUCUCAUGAAACAUCUGAAAUGUGUUGCUUACGUGGAAAGCUUGCUCUACCAUUGGCACCGUCCCCUCCUGAAAUGACUGAGCUUUUUUGCAACCAAUCUGCCGAGGGAAGACAUUUUAGGCAGAAUAUACGAGCUUACAACCACAUUUUUGCCUUCACUUCAAUGGGAGUUCAUGUUUACGAAAACCUAGCAACAGGAAGACGUGGUAUUUACACAUUUCGUGCUCAAGGUUCCAUAUAUCAUAAGAUUGGAAGUCUUUUGCCUAUUAGAGAUAGUAGACCGAGAUUCCUACAAAUGUAUAUAUAUGACACAGCUCAUGAAAUAGACAAUCGAAUGAGAGAAAGUGAAGCACUAAACAGAGAUGUGGUUGAAAAAAUCCAACAAAUCUUGAAUCAAUAUAAUCCAUUUGUGCAAACAUUUCACCACCUUGUGCAACGUCAAGAUUUGCAAAGUUGUAGAUUGAUUAUCAAAGAGCAGCCCGCGAAUCAACGACAAUAUUGUUUACCGUCUGCAUCUCAGGUUGCUGCAAUCAUAGUAGGUGGUGAAGGAUCAGAAAACAUUAGAGGUCGAGAUAUUGUUGUGCAAACUACAGAUGGUCAACUUAAGAGUAUCAAAGACUGUGUCGGCUACUAUGACCCUUUACAAUAUCCAUUGUUGUUACCUUAUGGAACAUAUGGAUGGGAUGUGAAUACUCGAAAUAACAACAGCAGAAAAGUGACAUGUUGUGACUAUUAUUCGUAUCUUCUUCAGAUCCGUCAACACGACGAAUCGCUUCUACUUCGUGGUGGCCGCCUAUUGCAACAAUAUGUAGUUGAUAAUUACAUCAAGAUCGAAUCACAAAAGCUUAGAUGGAUGCGUAAUAAUCAACACACAAUUCGAUCUGAAUUUUAUCGAGGACUGCAAGACUCAUUAAUUGCAGGACAAAAUAAUGCAGGAGACGUCGGUCGUCGUAGGACUAUAUUACCAUCAUCUUUUGUUGGUAGUCCCCGAGACAUGUAUCAAAGGUAUCAAGAUGCAAUGACUUUGGUUCAAAAAUAUGGAAGACCAGAUAUUUUCCUAACAAUGACAUGUAAUCCAACUUGGGAAGAAAUAAGUGAUGAGCUACUACCUGGCCAAACACCACAAGAUCGACCAGAUUUGCUUACAAGGGUUUUUCGUGCAAAAUUUGAAGAGUUGAAGAAUGAUGUUAUAAAAAAAGGUGUUUUAGGCAAAGUUCUUGCAUAUGUAUAUGUCAUUGAGUUUCAAAAGCGCGGUCUCCCCCAUGUUCACAUGCUUCUCAUGUUAGAAGAAAAUGAUAAGCUUAAUAGUCCAGAUGAUUAUGAUCAGGUGGUACGGGCUGAAAUACCAAAUCCAAAUGAAGAGCCUGAAUUGUAUGGUGCCGUCUUAAGGCAUAUGAUACAUGGUCCAUGUGGAAUACACAAUUCACGGUCACCCUGUAUGAAACGUGGUAGCUGUAAACGAAAUUAUCCUAAGCCAUUUGCACCAACUACAGUUCAAGGAAAUGAUUCUUAUCCAGUCUAUUGUAGAAGAGACAAUCAUGAUCCAAUCCCAUUAGAUCAUAAUGCAUGUAUAAUGGUGGAUAAUCGGUGGGUCAUUCCGUAUAACUCAUGGCUACUCCUCAGAUAUGAUUGUCAUAUUAAUGUUGAGAUUUGUUGCAGCAUUAAGAGUGUUAAGUAUCUGUACAAAUAUGUUUACAAAGGUCCCGACCGAGUAGCUUUUGAAGUCCAUCAUGAACCUAUUCAAGAUGAAAUAAAGCAGUUUGUUGAUGCAAGAUGGGUUUGUGCACCUGAAGCUUUAUGGAGAAUAUUCAAAUUUGUAACUAAUCGACUUUAUCCAUCGGUGGAACGAUUACAAAUUCAUCUUCCUGAAGGACAAACUAUUCUUUUUUACCCUCACCAAAGAGUAGCAGAUAUUUUGGCAGAUGACACUAACUCGAUGACUAUGCUGACAGAGUUUUUUACCAAGAAUACCACUUGCCCGGAAGCCCGACAAUACUUAUACCGGGAAUUCCCUGAACGGUUCAAAUGGAGUCAAAGAGAUAAACUCUGGAGUGAGAGGAUGAAUAACCAUAAAGUUAUUGGCCGGAUAUAUGCAGUCUCGCCGAAUGAGGGUGAAAAAUUCUACUUACGCAUUCUUCUUAAUCAUGUUAGAGGACCAACAUCAUUUGAGAAUUUAAGAACAGUCAAUGACAUUGUACAACCAACAUUUAAGAAGGCAGUGGAACAACGAGGUUUGCUAGAAGAUGAUGAUAGCAUCAGACAGUGUCUCUGUGAAGCCACUAACAUUCACAUGCCGUCAGCUUUGCGAAGGUUGUUUGUUACCAUCUUAGUUUAUUGUGAGCCACAUGGAGUAAGAAGAUUAUGGGAUGAAUUUCAUUCAUUUAUGGUGGAAGAUUAUUCUGUUUCAAGUACCACAAAUAAUACUUCUAUCUUGAACAAGCUUUUGCAAGACUUGAACGGACUAUUAGUGCAACAUAGUAAGUCUGUAUCUGAUUACGAUUUACCACAAAUAACACAAGAUUGUGUUAGAGACAACACAAUUCCAAGGAUAAUACAAGAUGAAGUUUCACUUGACAUCUCUGAAGCAGACCUCAAUGCGGUACAAAAUCUAAAUGAAGACCAAAUGGCAGUGUAUAACUCGAUUGUGUCUGCUAUUGAACAACGAGACAAUGCCAUAUUUUUUGUGGAUGGUCCCGGAGGGACAGGAAAGACAUACUGA